AGAACAGAACAGAACCGAGACAUGAGUCAACAAGAGCAACCGAAGAAGCCACAAGAGCCGGUCAAAUACGGCGACGUUUUUGAAGUCUCCGGUGAACUUGCAGAUAAGCUCAUACAGCCUGAGGAUGCGAACAUGAUGCAAGCCGCAGAGACACGUGUCUUCGGACACACUCAAAAAGGCGGUGCAGCUGCGGUCAUGCAGUCUGCGGCCACCGCUAACAAACGCGGUGGUUUCGUCCAUCCAGGUGACACGACCGACAUCGCCGCCGAACGAGGUGUCACGGUGGCGCAAACUGACGUUCCUGGUGCACGUGUUACAACAGAAUUCGUCGGCGGACAGGUCAUCGGACAAUACGUUGAGCCGAAGCCUGUGGCGUCUACGGCGGCCACAGACGCAGAAGCGUUGGGACUGAAUUUGCAAAGUGCGAUAACGAUUGGAGAAGCAUUGGAAGCGACUGCGAAAACCGCUGGAGACAAACCGGUGGAUCAGAGCGACGCAGCAGCGAUUCAAGCAGCGGAGGUUAGAGCUUCUGGCAGUAACGUCAUUGCUCCUGGUGGAGUCGCCGCGUCAGCUCAAUCCGCAGCGAAUCACAACGCUAUUAUAGAUCGCGAGGAGGAUAAAAUCAAGCUCGUUGAUGUUUUGGCGGGUGCGACGGGGAAGUUACAGGCGGAUAAAGCCGUAACGAGGCAGGACGCUGAGGGAGUGGUGAGCGCUGAGCUAAGGAACAACCCAAACUUGUCUACUCAUCCAGGCGGCGUGGCGGCUUCUGUUACCGCCGCGGCUAGGCUUAACGAGAAAUCGGAUAUAUAACAAAUCCGGCGUGAGGAAGAUGGUUUCUCUGUAACAUAUCAGUGAACUUGUGUUGUAAAAUAGUAGAGGUUCUCUUUGUUCAAAACAGCUGAAAGAAGAUAAUCUUGGGAUGCAAUAAAGGCAAGACUUUUAAAUCAUAACGCAACUGAUCUAUAAAUGGAAAUUCUCCAGUCUAUCGAUUUUUUUUGCAACAUCCAAAACAUUUUUUGAGUUUUCCAGAAAAAAAGGUCACGGCUUUAUCAAAUAACCAAGGAAAGAGAUUACACCAUUAUAUAAAGAAAGAAAAAAAAAAAGAAGAGUUUUACUGGCUCGAACUUGCGGCUCCAACGAGAACACCUUGAGCAUUACCUUCCUUUUUGCUGCUACCUUCUUCCUUGGAGUUGUCUUCCUUCCUUAGCCUGAUCUUAUACUUGGCUUCAAACUCUGUAAGAUCUUUCUUCUUCUUCUCCAGUGUCUCGUACAGCUUCUUCACAACCUCCUCGAGCCCUUCCUUGUUGCGUUGAACAGCUGGGAGUACCUCUUUGAUGGUUCUCUCCACGAGUACGCCUCCUAUCAUCCGGAAGCAUUUCCUUGACUGGUCGAGCGGCUGAAUCGCGUUGAUGACCAGAGAGUGUUCGCUCACUUGCAUCUCGAGGUCGGUUAUGUUUGAGUAGAUUUGGCUUAGCUCUGACCUCAUUGCUUCGUAGUUGUUCAGAACAGCUUGCUCGUUAGGCGGUUCUCUCAGGCCACCGCUUCCAGAUUUGCUCGCCAUUGCUUCUGUCUACUACUGAAGAAAA